AUGGCGGCGUCGUCGUGGGUUCAAUCGCUGCUGAAUCCAUCGAAGAACUGGUUGGCCGCUCAGCACAAAAAGGCCCUCUCAACUCGCCUCCGCAAAUACGGGUUGAGAAUCGAUGAUCUGUACGAUCCAAUGGAAGAUUUGGACAUAAAGGAAGCUCUGAGACGCCUUCCUCGUGAAAUCGUUGACGCUCGAAAUCAGCGUCUCAAGCGUGCCAUGGAUCUCUCCAUGAAGCACGAGUACCUCCCAGAAAACCUCCAGGCAAUGCAGACACCAUUUAGGAGCUAUCUUCAGGAUAUGCUAGCUCUGGUAAAGAAGGAGAGAGCAGAACGCGAAGCAUUAGGGGCAUUGCCCGUCUAUCAACGCUCAAUUCCAUAA